AUGCAGGGAUCCUGGCUGCUGCUGCUGCUGCUCCUCGCCCUGAGGCUACAGCUGUGCCUUGGUGUCAUCCCCGUGGAGGAGGAGAAUCCAGCCUUCUGGAAUCAAAAGGCAGCGGAGGCCCUGAACACAGCCAAGAAGCUGCAGCCCAUUCAGACAGCAGCCAAGAACCUCAUCCUCUUCCUGGGGGACGGUGAGCGUGAAUGGGGGGUGUCUACGGUGACAGCCACCCGGAUCCUGAAAGGACAGUUGGAAGGUCAACCGGGGCCUGAAACACCCCUGGCCAUGGACCACUUCCCAUACCUGGCCCUGUCCAAGACAUACAACGUGGACAGACAGGUGCCAGACAGUGCAGGCACGGCCACAGCUUUCCUGUGCGGGGUCAAGACCAAAUACAGAACCAUUGGCUUGAGUGCGGGUGCCCGCUACAACCGGUGCAACACGACGCAUGGCAACGAGGUCCUCUCCGUGAUGUACCGUGCCAAGAAAGCAGGGAAAUCUGUGGGAGUGGUGACAACCACAUCAGUGCAGCACGCCUCACCCGCCAGCGCAUACGCACACACGGUGAACCGCAACUGGUACUCAGAUGCCAACAUGCCUGCCUCGGCACGGGAGGAAGGCUGCACAGACAUUGCCACCCAGCUCAUCUCCAACAUGGACAUUGAUGUGAUACUUGGUGGGGGCCGGAAGUUUAUGUUUCCCAAGGGGACCCCAGACCCAGAAUACCCAACUGACACCACCCAGGAGGGAACCAGGCUGGAUGGACGGAACCUGGUGCAGGAGUGGCUGGCGAAGAACCAGGGGUCCCGAUAUGUUUGGAACCGCACUCAGCUGAUGCAGGCUUCCCAGGACCCAUCAGUGACCCACCUCAUGGGCCUCUUUGAGCCUGAGCACUUGAGAUACGAGGCCUACCGAAACCACACCCAGGACCCCUCCUUGCUGGAGGUGACAGAGGUGGCCCUGCACAUGCUGAGCAGGAACCCCCAGGGCUUCUUCCUCUUUGUGGAAGGGGGCCGCAUUGACCACGGUCACCACGAAGGCGUAGCGUAUAAGGCACUGACUGAGGCCGUCAUGUUCGACUCUGCCAUUGAGAAGGCGAGCCAGCUCACCAGUGAGCGGGACACACUUACCCUUGUCACCGCUGACCACUCCCACGUCUUCACUUUUGGUGGUGCCACACAUCGGGGGACCUCCAUCUUCGGACUGGCCCCCUACAAGGCCCUGGACGGCAGUGCCUUCACUUCCAUCCUGUAUGGGAAUGGCCCAGGCUACAAAGUGGACAAUGGUGUCCGGUCCGAUGUCACGGAAAACGAGAGCGGCUCCCCGACGUACCGGCAGCAGGCGGCAGUGCCGCUGGCAGCCGAGACGCACGGCGGCGAGGACGUAGCGGUGUUCGCGCGCGGCCCGCAGGCGCACCUGGUGCACGGCGUGCAGGAGCAGAGCUACAUCGCGCACGUCAUGGCCUUCGCCGGCUGCCUGGAGCCCUACGCCGCCUGCAACCUGCCGCCCCCUGCCGACCACAGCGGCACCUCGGGCCGCACUGCUCAACCUGGCCGGGCCACUACCCUGCUGCUCUCUCUACUGGCAGCCACUUUACUGCUGGACACACACUAG